CACUAUUGCAAGUCGCAACAACACUACAUAACCUACAAAUAAAUAUAAAUUAUAAAUACAAAGAAAGAUAAAAAUAAAAGCUGAAUUACUAAUUUCCAAUAUGAAUCAAGCUGAUGUCACCAAAUUAGUUUCUAAAUUACGAAUAAAAGUCCCUGAUCAACAUCGACGUCUGAGAAGUCCUAAAGGGCCAGAGGGAAGACUUGACAAAUUAAGAAAAACUGUUACCGGUCUGAUUAAAUUCGAAAGGAUUGAGUUAAAUCAUCAUAGGGCUGAUGAAGCACGCCAAUAUGCUGAACGGCUUAUAUCAGAGGCAAUUUUGCAUGGUGACUGCCAUAAACCUACAAUGGAAAUUGCAGACUACUGGUUGCUUGAAAAGGAAUUGUUGCACAAAUUAUUUAAAGUACUUGUUCCAAGGUUUGAAAAUUCGAAUACAGCUUUCACUAAAAUGUACAAAGCACCAAAGGCAAGUUCUGGAAGGAACAUUGAUAAAGCUAUUUUAGAAUUGAGAGGAAAUCCAUAUCCAUUGCUGACUAACAAACAUUCAAAUAAUAGAUAUCUACUUCAAAAUGUGUUGUUAGAUGCGGCAAAAUAUGAAUACAGACAAGCAAAGUAUGCUGAAAUGGCUGACAAAAUUGGUAAAAAUGAGGAGAUAUCACAGCCAAAAAGUGAUGAUGUAGCUAAAAGUAAACCUAUUACUGAAGUGUAGUACUGCUGUCUAGAAUAGAUAGUAAAGUGAAUUAAUAUUAGAGAAAUAUAAGAUUAGUCAUUAUAAUUAUAACACAAUUUUAUUUUAA